AUAGCGUUAGGGAAAGAAUAGAAACAGCUAAACCCACCGUCGCGACAUUCCUUUUGCCCAAGAAUAUUCAGCUCAGCUAGCUGCCGUUAUCAGUCCAUUCAUCCAUUCCAAAGUUUGUCAUGCUGGGAACGCAAAGCGCAGUACGGGACGAACAAACCACCUCCGCCGAUAACAAAUGUAAUGUCGAUGAAUCAGAGCUACAACGUCAGCGCGAAGGUCAGCAAGCAGGAGAAACAUGUUACGAUCUAUCUCGCUUUCGAACGGUGCGCGUGCUGAACAAUAACAGUACGCACAAAAGUGUGUGCCUGUUGGGGCACUUUACCAAUCUGUCCACCGAGCAGUACGCGAUCGUGGUGCUCGAGAAGAGGGCCUUCACCGAGGCCCAGGUUACGACAGCAGCGACCGUAACCGACGGUCGUAACACGCCAACGCAUCGUGAAAACUGUGCCGUUGUCAGUGAAAGUGAACACGAACCACCCGUCACGGACGUGGAAAAGUCUUCCAGCCACACGUUUUUCACGUCGUCAUCGCGCUUGGAGACGGAAUUCAUCAAUGACAUCUACGGUAACUUCGUCUGUACCGUGGAUCCAGCCUUGAACCGACUUAAGGUAACCAUAGUCUACCCAGCUGCGGAGAAACAUAUCGUCAAAUACUCGGUGCAGAAACGAUUUUUCAUUGAAGAAACGGCCGAUCUUUAUAAAAGAAUCACCUUACCUCAUCUGGAACAGGGGCAGCUAAGCUUGGAGUGGCUUUACAACGUGCUGGAACACCGUAAGGAAAAAGAACGUAUCGUCUACGAGGAUCCGUGCAACGAGAACGGUUUCAUUCUGCUUCCCGAUUUGAAAUGGGACGGUAAAACCGUCGAGCAGCUCUAUCUUCUCGCGUUGGUUCGCCGUCGGGACAUUCGUUCGCUGCGUGACCUAACAUCCUCCCACUUGCCGCUACUCCGCAACGUACAAUCGCGCGGAAUCGCCGCCAUCAAGGAACGGUACGGCAUCGGCCCGUCCGAACUGCGCAUUUUUCUUCACUACCAACCAACGUUCUAUCAUUUGCACAUGCACUUUACCUAUCUGCGCCACGAUCCACCCGGCAUUACCUGCGAAAAGGCGCACCUUCUGUCAACGGUCAUUAGCAACAUUGAGCUGCUGCCGGAUUACUAUCAACGCGUGACCCUUUCGUACGCCCUAAAGGAGACGGACAAGCUGUACGAAAAAUUUGUCGCAGCCCUAGCGCAACUUCCGUCGGAACCGGCAGCAAAGCGUGCCAAAGUGGACACGUCGGCGGAACCUCCGUCGGAUGAGGCGAACUAA